CAUCCCACCCUCAGGACCCCCAACCCCAUUAUUAUUAUUAUUUAUUUGUUUCUUUUUAUCAAUUUAAUGAAAAGAAAGCAACCCUUUUUUUUUCUUUUCUUUUUUUUCCUAUAAUUAUUUGAUCUGUGAAAACACAGAAUUUUGUUAGGGCAAUUAUCUCGUUUUGGGAUGAAUUAAGUGAAUAAAGUUUAGUUCUCUUUGCGCGUGUCCCGUUCUCUUCUCCAAUCCUCCAAAACUUGAACUUAAAACCCCAUUUUAGUUGAUCCCUAAGUUGACCCCUUUUUUGUUUCAGUAUAGUAAUAUACCAAGCCUUUGCUUAAAUGGAGGUUAAGCUUUGGAACGACAAGCGCGAGAGAGAAAUGUAUGAGAAUUUUGCAGAGCUGUAUGCCAUUAUCAAGGCAACAGAGAAACUUGAAAAAGCUUAUGUGAGGGAUAUUAUAUCAUCAUCUGAAUAUGAGACUGAAUGCCAAAAGCUUAUUGCCCAUUUCAAGACCUUGGCUUCAACACUCAAAGAUACUGUCCCUAGUAUUGAACGUUUUGCAGAUACAUAUAAAAUGGACUGUCCGGCUGCUAUAAAUCGUUUGGUGACCUCUGGGGUUCCAGCCACGGUGGAGCACCGGGCCGCGGCGGCUGCCUCAGCGACUACCUCGGCUGCCAUUGUGGCUGAAUGUGUGCAGAAUUUUAUUACUGCCAUGGAUUCAUUGAAACUCAACAUGGUGGCUGUUGAUCAAGUGUACCCAUUGUUGUCUGACCUCUCAGCAUCACUCAAUAAGCUUGGUAUUUUGCCACCCGAUUUCGAGGGAAAGAUCAAAAUGAGGGAAUGGAUUUCAAGGUUGGCUAAGAUGGGGGCAGCGGAUGAGUUAACAGAACAGCAAGCUAGGCAGCUCCAUUUUGACUUGGAAUCUUCAUACAAUUCAUUUAUGGCAGCUUUGCCUAAUGCUGGUACUUGAAAGUAAAAUCCAAUAUUUCCAUAUUUUUGUUUAGUGCUUCAAUCUGGUGAGAACGGAUGUUUUAAGUUGGUAAAACAGUGUAUUCAUUUUGAGAGUUCUUGGAUUGUUUAAAGCUCAAGAUGCUAUUUGUGUGCUGCUGAUUGUCGGUCUAUGAGAAUGAAUAUAUGCUUUAAUUUGGUUUUGUAA